AUGGUGACCUCGCACCAGAACGCUCUCAUGGAAUGCGAUUACAACAUGCACAAGUCGAAUAGUACUUUCUUCUCCGACAUGGACAUCAACCGCGCUCAACUGCUCUUGAACCUGUUCCCUCGUCUGCCACGCUGGGCACCCGAGAUCGGGACUGAUACACCGAAAUCGAAGAAGGCCGAAAGAAUCGUUAGCGUUGCACUCGGUGGAACAUCCUGCGUCUUCAAACGCGAGAUCAAGCCACUGCAGCGGUACGAGGUCUGGUCGCGAGUACUGACCUGGGAUGCGAAAUGGCUGGUUUUGGUGACGUAUUUUGUCAAGGCUGGGACCCAUAAAAACGUGAUGCGGAGCUUGCAAAUGGGGGAGGAGAACAAGCACGGGUCGGAAGGUCAGAAGGCAAUACUUGCUGUGGGUGUAAGUCGAUAUGUGUUCAAGGAUGGACGGCGGACGGCCCCUCCGGAGGAGGUUCUUCAGCACAUGGGUCUGUAUUCUUCCACCUUUACUGGGAAAGACAACCAUGAUAUCUAUGCCAGCUUAAGACAGCCGGGGUCAGAUGUGGUUGGCUUCUUUGGUUCAUUGGACUCGCUGCCCUCGCACUUUGGCAGUGCAAGUUCAUCGAUCCUGGGACACUACAGUGAUUUGUAG